GCUCGUGCUGGGGAAGAAGGGACGAUGCCUACAACGAUCGCGUGCCUGAGAACGCGCAAGAGAUAGAAGGAAGGAGCAACCACAUACAUCAGCGCACGCUUCCUUGCGUAUGAUUCUUCCUUCUCUUAACAACUCGAAUGGAUGCGACACCACUUUCGAUGCCUUUUCAAUGCAAACCUCGUCGGUCGGUACAGCUGUCGCUAUCGCAUCGGUGUCACGGGGAUGUCAGCCUGGUGCGUGCGCCUGUUCUGGUGUUGCGAACAACAGGCGAGUAUGGCGAUCACAGUUGAGUUCAAGCUCAACACGCAAGCGGGGCGCAGCGAUCCAAACUAUCGCGAUGUCGUCGCGACAAACGGAUCAGUUACUAAGAAGAAGUUGGAAAGUCAAAGCUGGGCAGAACUACCCUACGCUCACAAGAUUGAGGCUAUGCUCAAGCCUCAUGCAUUCUGCCAUGCGCCAGACACCCUGUAGCCUAGCCACUGGUCCUGUCAGCCAUGUUUGCCCCUCACUUCCCAGCCUGAGGCAUCCAAUAGCUGCACAAGCCCCAAUCCAUGGGGGCUGUGGGAGUGCACAAACUCCCGUGUCCUCGAUAAAGUGUCUGGGCCUCCGACCGGACUGGUAACAGAUGUGCCACACGCAGAUCCGGUGGGCGAUGCAGGCGCUUUUGGCCCCCAACUCGACGCGCGCGACUUUUACUGCUCCACGUUGAGCUUCGUCACCAUCAUUCAUGCCUUCCUCGCCUCAGUUCCGCAUCCG